AUGGAAAAUUCAGAAAAUGUUCCCUCUUACGAUCAAAACAUCAAUUUCACUCCUAAUUUGACGAGAGAUCAAGAACAUGUGAUCAUGGUCUCUGCUUUGCAACAAGUAAUAUCCAACGUCGGAGGUGACACGAACUCGAAUGCAUGGGAAGCUGAUCUUCCACCUUUGAACGCUGGCCCUUGUCCUCUUUGUAGUGUCACCGGCUGCUACGGUUGCGUCUUCCCACGACACGAGGCGAUAAUUAAGAAGGAGAAGAAGCACAAAGGAGUGAGGAAAAAACCAUCAGGUAAAUGGGCGGCGGAGAUAUGGGAUCCGAGUUUGAAAGUAAGGAGAUGGCUUGGAACGUUUCCAACAGCGGAGAUGGCGGCUAAGGCUUACAACGAUGCGGCGGCUGAGUUUGUCGGAAGAAGAUCAGCAAGACGUGGCACAAAGAACGGAGAGGAAGCAUCUACCAAGAAGACGACUGAGAAAAAUUAACGGAGAAGGAGCACGUAUAGAAAGGCAGGAAGAGGCAUCUUACUUGCUUCA